GUGCCACCGACCACCCUCCUCUCCGCUCCCUCCGCAGACGAGUACCUCAGGGUCCUCAACGUGGGCGUGGCCGAGGUGAAGAAAUCCUUCCUGGGGCCCUUGUCUCCGUCCUGCAAGAUGGUGCAGAUGAUGCGGCAGUUUCUGUACCAGGUCCUGCCCGAGGACUCCUACAAGGCCACCACGGGGAAGCUCCACGUGAGCCUCACCCGCUUCACGGACGGAGAGAGUGUCGUGGUUUCAGAGUACACGUCCAAGGAAGAGCUCAUCGAGGCAAGGGGCUGGGCCUUGUACUGCAGCUGCUUCGUCCCCGUGUACUGUGGCCUCAUCCCCCCGACCUACCGCGGCGUGAGGUACAUCGACGGGGGCUUCACCGGCAUGCAGCCCUGCUCCUUCUGGACCGACUGCAUCACCAUCUCCACCUUCAGUGGGCAGCAGGACAUCUGCCCCCGGGACUGUCCCGCCAUCUUCAACGACUUCCGCAUGUUCAACUGCUCCUUCCAGUUCUCCCUGGAGAACAUCGCCAGGAUGACCCAUGCACUGUUCCCGCCGGACCUGCUGAUGCUGCACGAUUACUACUACCGAGGCUACGACGACACGGUCCUGUACUUGAGGCGGCUGAAUGCUGCCUACCUGGAUUCUCCCUCCAAGAGAGUGAUUUUCCCCCGGGUGGAAGUGUACUGCCAGAUAGAGCUCGCCCUGGGCAACGAGUGCCCCGGACGCACUCAACCGAGCCCCCAGACGCAGCAGGCCAGUCUGGAAGGAUCCGCACAACUUCACACGCAGUCGGCUCCCAAAGGGGAUGGAAGUGGUGGCCAUGUUCCACCUGUGUCCCCACCCGCGCAGACACCUGCACCCGCAUGUGAGUGGCCUGUGGAGUCGCCUGUUUCACCACCUGUCUCUUCAUUUGAGCAGUCACCUGCAUGGCCACCGGCCUCGUCACUGCCACAUUCUCCAGCUGACUGGCCACCUGGGUCACUCCCAGCUAUGCACUCACCUCCUGGCUCACCACUGCCCAUCACACCACCUGGGUUGUCACCUGUGUCACCUCAGCAGCUGGCACAACCAUCUGGAUCAACACCCAGACCCUCACCCUCCCAGGCAUCCACAUCACCCAGGCCAUCCCUGGGGCCUUCAGCUGCGAUGGCACCUCCAGCAUCACCUGUGCAGCCACCUGUGGAGGAACUGGGCCCAGAACAGCCCCAAGCUCCCCCGGCCCCUGCAAGCCACAAUAGCGCCCCGCCUCCGGGUGACACGCGGGAAGCCGUCAGCACGCCUUUCGUGGAGAGCCCUGCUGAAGACUCAAACUGGGUGAAUAAGGUCUUCAGGAAGAACAAGCAAAAGACAAGUGGCACCAAAAAAGGCUUCCCAAGACCUCUGAGAUCCAAGAAGCCAAGCAGCACAGUGCCGUUUGCUCCCCGCCCACUCGACUUCCCUCUGUUCUCCACUCCCGAGACGGUUUGGGUCACCUACAGGCCUCACCCCAGCAGGAUCCAGGCGUACAACUGCCCUGAGGAAGCUGUGAGCCGCGUGGGGAAACCUGAGCUGGACCGGGAGAGAAGCUGAGCACCCCAAGGCUGAGCCUGCUCCCCACUACUCUCAGACACCCUCCCCGACCCCAGGCCUUUUGGGGGCCGGGGCGACACCCACUGCCAGUCCUGCUGGUGCAGAAGGUCUCCUUUACAAAUGGCCUCCACUUCCCUGCGAUCCUUCCCACCCUUCCACCGCCCUGCUCUGGACAGACUGAAGGACGUCAACGCUGACCGGUGAUGAUGAACCUUGCUCCCAGCCUCGGCCUGAGUUUGCUUCUUGCAGGUGGGCCAGAUCCUGCCUUGUCUGCCCCGGAUCCAGCCCACAGGGCGCAACUCUUGGGGGCCCAGCAGGACGGAGCCAAGGAUACAGUUUCCCUGUUUCCUGUGGUGCCGGGAGACCAAGCUCUUCUACUUCUGUUUUGUUUUUGUUGUCGUUGUUCUUGUUGUUUUUGAAAAAGAGUCUCACUCUGUCGCCCGGGCUAGAGU